GUUGGGGGGUAACCCCGGCGCGCGCGCGCGAGGCGCCCCAGUCGGGGCCGGGUGGCUCGGCCCAGCAGGGCGACAUGGUGGGGACGCGGCGGGGGCGACUCUGGCCGCGGGAGUUCGCGGUGGUGGCAGUGGCGGUGUUCGUGGUCGUCGUGUCUCUCACGGUGCGGGCGCAGGCGGAGCCGUGGCGAUCGGGGCCCCGCACGGGGCCGUCCCUCGAUGACGAUCUACUGCUGCCCUACCCGGCGGGCUCCCCGCACGGGGCCCGCGUGCCGCUGCGCGUGGUGCGGCAAUGUCAACCGGAGACCUAUGGCAACGUCACCCACGAGGCGUGGCCUGCUCACCGGCCCGGCGCGGCCCACGGUCACGGUGUUAUCACGCACCAGUUCGUCUCCGACAUCAAAACUAGCGACGGCGCUAAGAAGUUCGUGUACGGCCACUGGACGGUGGUGGAGGAUCCGGCGCGGACCCUGUCGGUGCUGGAGCCGGGAGGAGAGGGCGGGUGCUCAGAUUAUCGGCGCGAGACGGUGGCGGAGACGGCAGGGACGCGUCGCUGCCUCGUCUCUGCCAACGCAGGCUUCUUCCGCCCGUACACGGGGCGCUGCCUCGGCAACAUCGUGAGCGACGGGCACUCCGUGCUCGGUGCCAACGGAGUGAGGAACGCAAAUUUCGGCAUACGCCGGGACGGCACCAUCGUCACCGGGUACCUGUCGGACGACGAGGAAGAGGAGGAACAGGAUGGUGCGGAGCAGAGCCCCUGGCUGCAGCUAGUGUCCGGCGUGGUGUGGCUGUUGCGUAACGGCUCCAUCUACAUCAACGAGAGCCGUGCCGUCGAGUGUGGCGACACCCAGGAGACCGGCACGUUUGACCGCUUCAUUAGCGUGGUGUCAGCACGCACGGCCGUCGGGCACGACCGCGAGGGGCGCGUCGUCCUCGUGCAGAUCGACGGCCAAACGGAUGCACGCGGAGUGAACCUGUGGGAGUUCGCCGCCUUCCUGCAGGCGCACGGUGUCGUGAACGCCGUGAAUCUGGACGGCGGGGGCUCGGCGACACUGGUGCUCAACGGCUCGCUCGCCAACUACCCGUCCGACCACUGUGCGGAAGACCCCAUGUGGCGUUGCGCGCGCCACGUCUCCACUGUGCUGUGCGUGCAUGAGCCGGCAUGUGCGCCGCCUGGGUGCGGCGAGCAUGGCGAGUGUGUGGCCGGGCUGUGCCGGUGCCGGCGCGGCUGGGUGGGCGCCGUGUGCGACACGCUGCUCUGCGGCGCCGCCAACUGCAGCGGCCGUGGCAUUUGCACGGAAGAUGGCUGUGUUUGUGACGCCGGGUGGAUGGGUGAAAACUGCACAACCGAUUGCCCCAAGGGAUGGUUCGGGGGCGGCUGUGCCCAGCGGUGCGCGUGUGCGCACGGCGCGACCUGUGACCCUGUGAGCGGGCGCUGCGGUUGUGCGCGUGGGUUCCACGGCGCCCACUGUGACGCAGAGUGCCCUCCGGGCCUGCACGGCUCUGGCUGCACCCUCGAGUGCAACUGCAGCCACAGCUGCACGUGCGACGCUGUCACCGGCAACUGCACCGGCGGCGCCCUCCCCAGCAGCAUCAGCAAAGUGUGCUCCUGCCUGGCGCAGCGCGCGGUGCGGCAGGGCGCGGCCGCCAGCCUCUCGCAUCUUGCUACGGACCCCUGGUUCCUCGUCUCCUCCGCGCUGGCCGUGCUGGCGGCGCUGCUGGUGCUGGGAAACGUGCUGCAGUGGUUGGGGCCAUCCCGGUGUCGGCGAGCACGCGGGCCUGGGCGCUACGAGUACCAUGCGCUGGUGCCCACCGCCAACGGCCGCCAGGCCCGCGAGGAGGAGGUCAGCACAGGCGACGACGACGACAAUCACGAGGUGGAGGCCUCCGUGGUGUCACUUACGGGACCGCCAGGGGUCACGUAGAGGUCGGUUACAUUGGGAGAGGGCAGGUGAGCGGGGCGGUCACAUGGUGCUGAGGUAGGGUCGCGCAUUUGCUGCUGAUUGAUGAAGUUCGUGGAUUGAACCCAGUAGUAGGUGGUUUCCUGCUUGAAUGAGCAUUGAGGCUGUGCUCAUCUUCUGUUUACAACCCUGAGCCUGUGGUGUAAAUUCUACAUUCCUAUGGCAGGGGUGAGGCUAUCCAUAUGGUUGUAUUAAUCGUGAACACGCACAGUGUACUUCACGAUGGAUGUUAAAGUUCCCGUGAACGUUAUUCAACAAAAGAUGAGGCUGUGUGUGGCAGCUCCGCCAUUCAAACUCGCCAAGUUUGGUAACUUACUCGCAGUUGAGGUCGUGUUGCCACGUGGCAAGAUCGCUGUAUGCCAGCACACUAAUGCCCACUUGCUGCCUGGUGCAAUGCCCACCUUUUGCUGCUCAGGAACAGAUGGUGGCGGAGGGUGGUCCCCCUUGGCGCUGUAUAAACGUCAGUCGUUGACGAUGCCUGCCAUUUUAUUGGAGGUUGCCUGCCCAGUUGAUUACCAGUUAGGGAUGGCUGAUUUAGAUUUGGCCACAUUUUAGCGACAGCAAUUGACAUUUGCCAUCGACGAUCACUCUUAAGUAGCCCUGGUUUAGCGCGGCCUUCAGCUCCGUCAGAUGAUGGAAUAGCGCACUAGGCCACGGCAGCUCCAUACCAGUUAUGUCUUCCGGACUCGCAUUUCCAUGCCAAUGGGGGGAUGCCAUGGUCUGUGCGGGAAGUGCACGAGUCGUGGGCGGAGCGGUCGCGAGGGUGAUUGCGCGUUCCGCGAGCGCGCUGCGGGUAUUAAUUUUGUGGGAUGUGGGAGCCGGGCGUUGCGUCCCCCUUCAUGCGUGUGCAGAGCCUUCCCUGUGGCUCUCGCGCCAUGCGACGCGGGAAGAGGUGGCGACGGAUGUGUUGAGGUGCAAUUCUUAACUGUGAACGACUCGCCGCCGUUUACAAUCGGUUUAAUAUUAUUGCGCGGCAUGCUGUGACGUCAACGGGUCGGGUCUGUAGCCCGGCAGGCAGAAGCGUUCGUUUGUUUGAUUUUCGUUUCCCAAUGAUGUUCCCCGGCCGGUUGUGUUGCAACACUUUAUUGAUCUACGCACAUUGCUCAUCUCUUGGGACUACGAGCCAAGGAAGGCUGGGCUGGGCGGAUUCCGGGGGACGAGCAACACGGGGACCAAGCGUCUGCUGCUGUUGUGUCGGCAAGUGCCUCGUGGUUUGUCCGACGGUGGAACUCGCUGCAUCCGUGGAAGCGUUUCACGGGCUGUGAUGAAAUAAACGUUCCGCCGCAGGACGUCGCAUUGUCGUCGGUU